AUGAUUCGAAAAAUGGAUAAGGAGAAGAAUUUCGAAACUAACCGAUGGUCUCCAACAUAUGACGUGGCGGCAAUCCUGACGUCGAUUCAAUCCUUGCUGGACGAGCCGAAUCCCAACUCGCCGGCGAAUUCGCUCGCCGCCCAACUCUACCAGGAGAAUCGACGAGAGUACGAGAAACGGGUUCAGCAGAUUGUCGAGCAGUCAUGGCUCAAUUUCGGCGAGAACGAGGGCGACGCGGUGAUGAAGGACGGCGGUGGUGACGUGGAUCCCGAAGAGAUUCCAACCUCAAAUGGAUCUUCCGGAGGGGGCGGAGCCUCGGCUGCCGCCGACGACGACGAGCGUAUGGAUGAGGGCGGAGCCAGCGGAUCGAAUGCAUAA